UGUCCUGGCGCUUGUGGUGGGCACGGGCAGGAGCUGCGUGACAUGCAGGAGACUGCCCAGAGCCAGCAAGUGCAAGUGGAGAUGGAGCAGGUCAAGCCGGACCUGACGGCGGCACUGCGUGAGAUCCGCACCCAGUACGAGAGCAUCGCGGUGAAGAACCUGCAGGAGGCCGAGGAGUGGUACAAGUCCAAGUUCGCUGACCUGUCAGACGCAGCCAACCGGAACCACGAGGCGCUGCGCAUGGCCAAGCAGGAGAUGAACGAGUCCCGGAGGCAGAUCCAGAGCCUGACCUGCGAGGUGGACGGCCUCAAAGGAACCAACGAAGCGCUGCUGCGGCAGAUGCGGGAGCUCGAGGAGCAGUGUGGGGCGGAGAUCAGCAGCUACCAGGACACGGUGAGGCGGCUGGAGCAGGAGAUCCAGCACAUGAAGGAGGAGAUGGCGCGGCACCUGCGUGAGUACCAGGACCUGCUCAAUGUCAAGAUGGCGCUGGACAUCGAGAUCGCCACCUACCGCAAGCUGCUGGAGGGCGAGGAGAGCAGGAUCACUGUGCCCAUGCAGCUGAUGCCCUCCUUCACCAUGAAAAGUUCAGUGCCAGAGCCAGAGCCGGUGCCAGUGGUGGAGACACACACCAGAAAAAUGGUUCUGAUCAAAACGAUUGAGACCCGGGAUGGAGAGGUGGUGACGGAGUCGCAGAAGGAGCAGAGAGCGGAGUCAGAGAAGUGACCCCAGCACCAGGCUCCGCACAGCCCCCCACUGCAGCCCGCCCCCCACUCCCCCAUGCCGCACCGGCCUUACACGACUACUGAUACCUCUGAGCCCCGGCACCCCCGCACACCCAACUUCCACCGGCCCAUGGUGCUCGGGGACGGGAGAGCAGAGCAAUAACCCUGCCUGGGCAGGGGCUGCUGGCAGGGAGGGACCUAGGAGUCCUGCCCUGCCCUGCCCCCACCCAGCUUCCCCUUCCCCUGCCUCCUCUGGGGGGCCUCCACCUUCUUCUGAAGCAUCAGGACCUGCCUCACCAACACCACUGGCACUGGGAGGGGGGCAGAGCCCGGCACUGGUGGAGGCUGACACCAGGAUCCAGGACCAGCUGUCGCCUGCAGGGCUGUGUCCUGGGCCUGGCGCUGCCUGGGUCCCCCGUGGAGGCGGGUGCCGGCGCUGCUGCUGUUCAAGUUUGGUGCCCAUAGCGAGUGCUUCCUGCCCAGAGCCAGGGUCCCACCCGGCCCGAAGGGCUGAUACCAAAGCUGCCCCAUUUUUAUACUGUGGCCCAUCUCCCUGCUUCCAGCAUGGACUUGCCCCAGCACCCAUCUCUGCCUCCUGCAGCCAGGCCCAGCUGCAAAGCUGUGCCCCAGGCCCAGGGUUCACCUAGGCCAGAGGGCUCGGGGUGGUGGCAUCCAUCUGGCACGAGUCUGGGCCAUUCCCUGCCCCUGGCUCUUUUCUCUGCAGCUCCCCCUGUUCUGUGCUCUGCUCCCCCUCUGUUACACUCGGUGCCUCUGCCUCAGCAUCCCCUCCCUCUGCCUCGGUCCGCUCUGGACCAAACCAGGGGGAUGUGACUGGGGCCACUCGGCCAGCUGCACCCCUUCCCCUCCAGCCCUGGGGGACCCCCCCCACACCUGCUGCAGGAGUUGCUGUGGUGCUCCUGGGUCUUCCCCGACCUGCCUGAACAGCGACGGACCCCCGCUGUGUAUCCGCUUGUCCAGCCAAUAAAAAGCCUAGUGAGGAGCUCUGCUCUGCUGUGUCCCCCUUGCGGCACCCGGGCUGGGGGGGGAGGCAAGGCGGCGACCCCAGUGUUACCACAGUCCUGGGGACACUGGGGCUGCAGCCCAUGGUGCUCGGGGCAUCCUGUGAG